AUGGCGCCCUAUCUGGACUCCGUACCAGACUUAGCUACAGAUGGUAACCCCACGACCACGGCGGCCGGGGCAGAGCCCAUUGCCGUCUGCGGCAUGGCCCUGAGGCUCCCCGGCGGAAUCUCGACCCCCGAGCAGUUCUGGCAGUUCCUCGUCGACAAAAGAGACGCGCGGGGCCCCAUACCCGAGACGAGAUUCAGCGCGGCCAGCUACUAUUCCGAGGCCGCCAAGCCCGGCCAUAUCAAGACGCAGCACGGCUACUUCCUGGACGACUCCGUCGAUCUCGCGGCGCUCGACACGACGUUCUUCAGGAUGCCCAAGAGCGAGGUCGAGCGCGCCGACCCCCAGCAGAGGCUGCUCCUGGAGCUGACGCGGGAGUGCCUCGAGAGCGCGGGCGAGACGGAGUACCGCGGCAAGACGAUCGGCACCUUUGUGGGCUGCUUCGGCGAGGACUGGCUCGAGACCCUGACCAGGGACAGCGAGGUCGUGGGCCAGUACAAGAUCACCGGGUACGGCGACUUCAUGCUCUCGAACCGGCUGGCGUACGAGUACGACCUCAAGGGCCCCAGCAUGACCAUCCGGACGGGCUGCUCCUCGGCGCUGAUCGGCCUCCACGAGGCGUGUAUGUCCAUCAGCCACGGGCAAUGCGACGCCGCGGUCGUCGCCGGCUCGAACCUCAUCAUGGCGCCGGGCUUGUACGUCAGCAUGUCGGAGCAGGGCGUGCUCUCUCCCAGCGGCUCCUGCCGAACCUUCGACGCGGGCGCCGACGGGUACGCCCGUGGCGAGGCCGUCAACGUCGUGUACGUCAAGCGGCUGAGCGACGCCGUCCGGGACGGGAACCCCAUCCGCGCCGUAAUCAGGGGCACCUCGAGCAACGCGGACGGCAGGACGCCGAGCCUGACGAUCCCCAGCUUCGAGAGCCACGAGGCCAUGAUCCGUCAGGCUUACAAGAUGGCGGCCAUCGGCGGGCGCGACAUCGCCGACACGGGCUUCUUCGAGUGCCACGGCACGGGCACCGCCGCCGGGGACCCGAUCGAGACGACGGCCAUCGCCAAGGUGUUUGGGAGCGCCGGGGUCUACAUCGGCUCGUGCAAACCCAACAUCGGCCACUCGGAGGGCGCGUCGGGCAUCACGUCGCUCAUCAAGUCGGUCCUGGCCCUCGAGCACCGUACCAUCCCGCCCAACAUCAAGUUCGACACGCCCAACCCCAAGAUCCCCUUCGCCGAGACGAACCUCAGGGUGCCGGUCGCGCCGACGCCGUGGCCAGAAGACCGCGUGGAGAGGGUCUCGGUCAACUCGUUCGGGAUCGGGGGCGCCAACGCGCAUGUCGUGCUCGAGUCGGCGGCAAGUUUCCUCGGCCGCCCUCCCGAGAGCCCGUCCGUCUUGGAGCUGUCAACCCUGCAGAGAGAAAGGGUACAUCUCGUGGUGUAUUCAGCCAACACGGCCGACUCUCUGAGACGCCAGGUCGUCAACAACCAGAAGUACAUCGGCGAACACCCUGGCUCCCUCGACGAUAUCAGCUACACGUUGGCGUCCCGGCGCGGCCACCUACCGCACCGGGCAUUCUCGGUGAUGCAGGACGGCGUCGAACUUACCACGUCGCCGUUCGGGAAAGCGCCCAACACGCCCGCGGACCUCGCGCUCGUCUUCACCGGCCAGGGGGCGCAGUGGCCGCAGAUGGGGGCGGAGCUGCUCAAGACCAACCGCGUCUUCGCGCAGUCCCUGCGGAGGAUGGACAAGGUCCUGAGCCUCCUUCCGGACGGACCGGCCUGGACCCUGGUUGAAGAGCUUCUCAAGCCGGCAGAGACGAGCGGUCUGCACAGAGCCCAUCUGUCCCAGCCGGUGUGCACGGCGGUGCAGAUCGCCUUGGUGGACACCCUCCGCGAAACGGCUGGGAUCAAGCCCUUUGGCGUCGUCGGCCAUUCUUCCGGCGAGAUGGCCGCGGCGUAUACCGCCGGGAAGCUCACUGCCAACGAGGCCAUUGUUGCGGCAUACUAUCGCGGGAUAGUCUCUUCCGAGGUCACCAAGCCCGGCGCCAUGGCUGCCGUUGGUAUGGGACAGAAAGACACGCUGCCGUUCCUGAAGCCCGGUGUUGGUGUUGCCUGCGAGAACUCGCCGUCGAGCGUGACGAUCUCUGGUGACGCAGCCAUUGUCGAGGAGGUCCUUUCGCACAUUCGGGAGUCGAAGCCGGAUACCCUAGCCCGUCUACUGAAGGUCGAGAAGGCUUAUCACUCCCAUCACAUGAAGGAAGUCGGAGAUCACUAUCUCUCGUUGACGUCUCCCCAUAUCAACAGCCCCAGAGGUCCUGGUCCGUCUGGCCCGUACAUGUUUUCCUCGGUGACCGGAAGUCGACUACCACAAGAGACGCCGACGGAUGCAGAGUACUGGAGAUCCAACCUCGAGUCGCCGGUGCUCUUCAGUGCCGCCAUCUCCGCCUUGGUUGCCGAGCACAAGGGACAGAGGAGCAGCAAGCCGUUGGCGUUCCUCGAAGUCGGGCCGCACUCGGCGCUGGCCGGGCCCUUGCGUCAGAUUCUCGCACAGGAGUCCAUCAACCUGUCCUACGCGUCAUGUCUCGUGCGGUCCAAGAACUCCACCGAGUCCUACAUGGCAGCCCUCGGCCAGCUCUGGCAGCACGGGGUCGAGGUCGACUUCGACCGCCUCACGAACCCCGACGGCACCGCCCGCGUGGUCCCGGACCUGCCGGCCUACCCCUGGCAGCACGACCACUCCCUCCUCUUCUCGAGCCGCGUCUCUGACGCGUGGCGGUUCCGUAGGUUCCCCAAGCACGAGAUCCUCGGCGUCCGCGUCGCUGAGAGCAGCGAGACCGAGCCCGUCUUCCGGAACGUGCUGGCGCUGGACCGCGUGCCCUGGAUACGCGACCACAACAUCAGAGGCGACGUCGUCUUCCCCUGCGCGGGAUACGUCGGCAUGGCCGGCGAGGCGGCGAGACAGCUCUGCCUCGGCUCUGGCGGCGGGGGCGGGGCCGUCUUCUCCGGGUUCGCCAUGCGCAACGUCGUCAUCGACAUGGCCAUGGUCCUUGCCGAGAAUCGGUCCACCGAGAUCAUCACGAGCCUGCGGCGGGAGAGGCUGACGGACAGCCUCGACGGUGCGUGGUGGGAGUUUACCAUCACCUCGCACAACGGCUCGGCCUGGUCGAAGCACUGCAGCGGCCAGGUCCGGCCGUUGCAGAGUCCAGCCCGGACACCGGUCGACCGCGCGCCGGGGCUUUCCCGCGGUGUUGGUUCGGCCAAGUGGUAUCAGGCCCUGCGCAAGGUCGGCGCCAACUACGGUCCAUACUUCCAGGGUUUGGCGGACGUGAGUUGCUCUCCGACCGGCCACCGUUCCAGGGGCACGGCGACGCACACGAUCCAGGACGGCACAUACUACCCGGUCCAUCCUACCAAGCUGGACUUCUUCCUCCAGCUCUUCAGUGUCGCGGCCAUGAAGGGGGUCGGGCACAAGCUCGACAAGAUGAACGUCCCGACCUUCAUCGAAGAGCUGGAGGUUUACCACUGCGACUCGGAGAUCCAGAUGGAGGUUGAAGCAACCCAGACGCCGCGCGGAUUGCUUUGCGGGGGCGGCGAGGGCGUCGGAGACAGUGGCAAAGUUGCUCUCGCGGUCAAGGGAGUAAAGCUGAGUCCUCUCGAGAACGAUGUCUCCGAAGAGGACGCAGACCCUCAUGCUGGGGCGCGUGUUUUCUGGCAGCCGGACGUCGAUUUCUUGAACAUGUCGGACCUCAUCAAACCGCAUCCGGGACAGAAGAAUCUUCAGUUUGCCCUCGAACUCACUUUUUCAUGCAUCAAGGGAGCUUUGCAAAGACUGGAAGGGGUUGAGACUACCCAGCCGCACCUUGCAAGCUUCCAUGCGUGGAUGAAGAAGCAGGAAAUCCCAGCAAACACCGCUGCCGACAUCAACUCAGUCUUUGACAACAACAACAACAACAACAAAAACAACAACAACAACAACAACGAGUCCCGGAUGGAACCGUUCUCGUCGUUUGCGACCGCUGCUAAGAUUGUGCUCGACAACAUCGUGCCGUUCUUCAGAGGCGACGUCGAGCCUCUCGAGGUACUCAUGCCGAACAACGUUCUGACCGACGUCUACAACUCGCUGAACAUCACCGACAGAGAACCGCUCUUCCGGGCACUCGGCCAUUCGAAGCCCAACCUCCGCGUGCUGGAGAUCGGCGCAGGCACGGGCGGGACGACCAACAAGGUCUUGCAGUGGCUGCGCGGCCCGACGGGAGCGUCGCUAUACUCAUCGUACACUUACACGGACAUCUCGGCCGGCUUCUUUGCAACGGCGAAGGAACGUUUCGGGACGUAUUCUAGUAUGCAUUUCAAGGCGCUCGACAUCUCCCGGGACCCCCUCGAGCAAGGAUUCGAAGCCGGGUCGUAUGAUCUCGUCAUCGCGGCCAACGUCCUCCACGCCACCCCGAGCCUGAGGGAAACGCUCGCCAACGUCCGCAGGCUGCUGCACCCGGAAGGGAGGUUGUACAUGGAAGAGCUCUCCCACGACGCCCUCCCUCUGAACUUCAUCAUGGGGGUGCUGCCCGGCUGGUGGCUGGGCGCAGACGACGGCAGACCGGACCAGCCGCACGUCUCGACGGAGCGAUGGGACACGGAACUAAGGAGCGCCGGCUUCGAUGGUCUCGACGAUGUUGCUUUCGACUCGGAGAGGCCGAACAACCUGCUCGCCUUCAUGACGGCCAAGCCUUCUCGGGACAUUCCCCUUCCAGGGACCGUAACUAUCCUGCACGACGCGGGUUCCAUGGAUCUUGCGGCCAAGGUUCGGGAUGCCUUGUUACAGGAUGGGACCAGGUCUAUCACCCUCCACGAUAUCUCAAAUGAGCUACCUUCGACGACGGAGGACCUCAUCUCCGUGGUCGACUUACAGACGCCCUUCUUCGAGAACAUCAGCGCCGAGACCUUUGCAGUCUUCCGGAACCUCGUCACCAGGGCGUCGGACCAACAGAGCGGCAUCUUCUGGCUGACCCGGUCUUCGCAGCUCGGGUGUCCGGACCCGAGAUGGGGGGAGGCGAUCGGCGCGGCGCGGUCCAUCCGGAACGAGCUGAGCCUGGACUUUGCAACCUGCGAGGUCGGGCAGAUGGACGCCGUGUCGCUCUCGGCGGUAUCGCGUGUUUUUACGAAGUUCCAGCAGCGUCGGCACGAGGAUGUCGUGUCGCCCGAGUACGAGUACAGCAUCGUGGACGGGACGGUGCACAUCUCGCGACUGUACCCCGUCAGCGUCAGCGCCGAACUGCGGGCCAGCCACGAUCUGGGCGCCGAAGACAUCGUCGACCAUGAUCUACAGAUCGGCAGAUACGGCCGCCUGAACACGCUCCAUUGGGCUCCGAGAGGGCCCAGAGCCCUCCUGGGCGACGAUGUGGUGGUGGAGGCAAAGGCUGUCGGCAUGAACUUCAAGGAUGUUCUCAUCGCCAUGGGCAUCGUCGACUCGAACAUCGGAAGCCUCGGCCUCGAAGCCGCCGGCGUCGUCCGCCAGACCGGGCCUGAAGCCAAGGCGCUCUCUCCGGGGGACCGGGUCUUCGUGUUCGGCGGCGGGUGCUUCUCCACCGGCAUCGUCAUCUCCGAGAAGCUCUGCGUGAAGAUCCCGGACUCGCUCAGCUUCCAAGACGCCGCGACCAUGCCCUGCGUCUUCUCGACCGUCAUCCACGGCCUUCUCGACGUGGCCCACCUCUCGGCAGGCGACUCCGUCCUCGUCCACUCCGCCUGCGGGGGCGUCGGCUUGGCCGCGCUGCAGAUCUGCAAGAUGACGGGCGCUGAGAUCUACUGUACCGUCGGCAGCGAGGAGAAGAUACGGCACCUCGAGGACACGUUCGGCAUCCCCAGGGAGCGCAUCUUCAACUCCCGCGACGCGUCGUUCCUCCCGGCCGUUCUCGAGGCGACGCGGGGCCGAGGGGUGGAUGUGGUGCUCAACUCGCUCAGCGGCGACCUGCUCCACGCGUCCUGGAGCUGCGUGGCCGAGUUCGGCAAGAUGGUCGAGAUCGGGAAGCGGGAUCUCAUCGGCAACGGGAGGCUUGCGCUGAACGUGUUUGAGCUCAACCGCAGCUAUCACGGCGUGGAUCUCGGCCACCUCAUCGAAGUCAAGCCGAAGGAGGGGAACAGGUUGCUCAAGAAGAUUGUGGAACUCUACGAGCAGGGCCAUAUCGGUCCCAUAUCCCCCUCAAAGGUCUUCGACGCCGCCGCCGUGGAGGAGUGUUUCCGAUACAUGCAGAAAGGACAGCACAUCGGGAAGAUUGUCAUGUCGAUGGACGGCCUCUCUCGCGGCGCGCAGCUCGGCUCGUCUUCCUCUUUCAACCCGUCCUUUGACCGCGAUGCCAGCUACCUCCUCGUGGGCGGACUCGGUGGCCUGGGCCGCCUCGUGUCCAACUGGAUGGUAGAGCACGGCGCACGAAACCUCGUUUACCUGUCACGGAAUGGCGGAGGGGAAACAGAAGACAACGACAGCUUCUUCAAGGAGCUCGCAGACCAGGGGUGUACUGCGACCGCCGUACGGGGAAGCGUCACCUCCCUCGCCGACGUCAAGAGAGCCAUCGGCGCCGCAUCGAGGCCCGUCCGAGGCGUCAUCAACCUGUCCAUGGUCCUUCGGGACCAGAGUUUUGCCAAGAUGUCGCACGAAGAGUGGGAGACGGCCGUGGGCCCCAAGGUGCAGGGCACGUGGAACCUCCACAACGCCUGCGCGGACGCCGGACUGGACCUCGACUUCUUCCUGCUCUUCAGCUCCAUCUCGGGCGUCGUCGGCCAGCGGGGCCAGGCGAACUACGCUGCGGCGAACACGUUCCUCGACGCCUUCGUUCAGUACCGCCAGGCCCUCGACCUGAGGGCCGGCGUCGUCGACAUCGGUGCCAUGGUGGACUACGGCUACCUCGCCGACAACCCGGCGCUGAUGGAGAGGCUUACCGGCCAUGGAUUCUACGGCAUCCGGAUCCCGCAGCUCCUCGACGCGCUGGCCCUCGUCAUCAAGCAGAGCCGCGGCGAGAAACGGCCAGCGGCUUCGGCUUCGGCGCCCGGGUUCGUCAACGACUCGCAGCUCGUCAUCGGCCACCGGAGCCUCACGUCUCUGGCCGACGCCGCGAACAGGGUCUUGUGGAAGGGGGAUCGCCGGAUGGGAUUCUACUUCAACUCGGACGGCGACGGGGCGGCGACAUCGAACGACUCGUCCGACCAGGGCGCGCUGGCCUCGUUCGUCAAGUCCGCGGCGGCCGACCCGGGACUCCUCUCGUCGCCCGACUGCUCUGCGUUCAUAGCGCGCCAGAUCGCCGCGCACCUCUUCCGCCUGCUGCUGAAGCCGGCCGAGAACGAGGACGACAUCGACGUGGGCAUGUCGCUCCAGGACGCUGGGCUGGAUAGUCUGGUCGCGGUGGAGAUGCGCAGCUGGUGGAAGGGGGCGUUCGGGUUCGACAUUAGCGUCCUCGAGAUGCUCGGCAUGGGAAGCAUCGCGGCUCUUGGUGAGAGGGCUGUGAGGGGGUUGAAGGAGUGUGCAGGGGAAGCUGGAGAGAGUCAAGACGGAGGCGGGGAGAAGCACGACACGGAGGGCUACUUGAAGUUGAAGAUGCCGUGA